AUGGACGGAGUGUGUGUUCACUUCUCACAAAUACCAAACUGCAUAUCAUCACAAAAUUCACUUUGUUGGGAAUGUGCAGACAACUACAAGUUAAGUGAUGACAAAAUUGAAUGUUUUAUAAACACGAAUUAUGGUAUAGUUGUUGGUCUUCCAAUUGUGUGUGUAAUUGUACUUGUUGUUAUAAUUGUGACAAUUAUAACAAUUGUUGUUCUGUUUGUGUUGAGAAAGAAAGAUAACAAACACACUGAAAAUAUUUGUGUCUUUAAGAUGAGUCGCUCCAAUAUAGUGAUGACUAAACUAGAUGGUGACAUUCUAUCAAACAAAAAUGAAAUUUCAUUUGGUGAUGAAAGUGACAAAAUACAAAUUGAAAGUGAAAGUCGUGAAUUGUUGUGUGUUGGCAACUCGUCUAAAGGUAACGUGAAAAUUCAAAUCACAACAAAAGACAAAUGCGACAAAUACAAAAUUCGUACAGAACCCAAAAUAGUGACUUUAAAAAGCGGAUUUGCAUGCGAAUUUGAAGUCUUUUUGACUCCACUUUGUACUAUGAAUUUAAGUGAUGAAAUUGUGAUCAUUUCACUCAAUUUAAAAACUGGCAAACAAAACACGACUUCAAUUCAUAUUAAUGGACAAGUUGAGAACUCUACACAUCUUGAUUACGACGAGUUAAUAGAAGAAAAGAAAAUAGGAGAAGGCUCUUUUGGCGUUGUAUUUAAAGGGAAAUACAGAGGAAAUGUUGUUGCGAUCAAAAAGAUGAAACAAGUUGACAACUCAAAUGGUGAAAAUGCAGUGUUUGAAUUUACAAAAGAAGUCGAAAUGCUCGAUAAAUUUAGAAGUGAGUAUAUCACACACUUCUAUGGCGCAGUGUUUAUACGAUCAAAAGAGUGUAUGGUCACUGAAUUUGCUACAUUUGGCUCGUUAAAAGACGUUUUAAAACACAAAACAAGUAAAGAAAUAGAUAUGAAGUUACGAGUAAAGUAUUGUCUUGAUGCGUCUAAAGGUAUUUUAUAUUUACAUGAGAAUGGGAUAUUACACAGGGACAUUAAGCCAGACAAUUUACUUGUGUUUUCACUUGAUUUGAAUGACAAGGUCAAUGCUAAGUUGACUGAUUUUGGAAGUGCAAGGAAUGUGAAUAUGCUGAUGACUAACAUGACAUUCACUAAAGGUGUUGGAACACCAAAGUACAUGGCGCCAGAAAUAUUAAAUAAGCAAAAGUACAAAAAAUCGGCAGACGUUUAUUCACUUGCUAUGACUAUGUUUGAAAUUGUAAAUUGGGAAGAAGCUUUUCAAAAAAGUGACGUUAGAUUUAAAUAUGCGUGGGAUAUUGCAGACUUUAUCAGUGCUGGAAAAAGACUAUUUAUACCUAACAAAGUACCAAAUGAACUUUCAAUUAUAAUCACCAAAUGUUGGGACCAUACACCAACCAACAGAAUGGGAAUUGAAGAAAUAGAAAAAAGUCUGGAACAGUAUUAUUCAUUUAUGCAAUAA